AAGUGAAUGAGUGAGAUAAGCAAGGAAACACAAUUAAACUCGACCAUAGAAGCUAGUUGUACAACACUCCCACCAACCACAUAUUAAAUCGUGUGAGUGAGUAACCGAAGGAAGCAACACAACCAAAUAAACCCAAGAAUAGAUUCUAGAUCUAAAAGCUCUCCCACUUACUUCUCUGCAUAAUUUACUCCUUCAUUUAUUUUCAUGUAAAGAUUUCAGGCGGUAGAAACUUGUAAGAGGAUGGCAUGUGAUUAUUUUGACAGGAUUCAAGAAAUCACAAUUAUACCAACUAUGAUUUCCUUGAUUAAACAUAUAAGGGGUUACUUGUGAAGAGUGAAAGUUUGAUCUCAUUCAAGAAUCUUACAUUGCGUUUUAUUGCUUCUGAUUCAUUCCGUGUAUCCUUUGCGUUUUGACAGAAACGCAUUAUACCGUUCUGUUUCUUAAUAAUUAGUUGUUUUUGUUUAGCUUAAUUAAUUAAGACGUGAGUGUAAUACUCAUUAUUCCGACAUGUGGAAUAUUCUCUGAUUUUUAAGUGAUGAACUUACUAACUUUGUAACUUUUAGAUUAUAUUUAGUAAUACUCAUUAUUCCGACAUGUGGAAUAUUCUUGAUGUCAAUAAUAUUAAGUGAUGAACUUACUAACUUUGUGAAUUGAAUUCGCCAUAGGGGUUACUUGUGAAGAGUGAAAGUUUGACCGUUUUUGUUUAGCUUAAUUAAGACAUGGAUAAGACAUGGAUGAAUUCAAACCGAUUGUCGAAAGAGUACGAGAAAGGGGUAUGGGAAUUCGUUGAGUUUGCGGUUGCGCACUCCGAAGACCCGCUUCGAAUGUCGUGUCCUUGCUUGGGUUGCUGUUAUGGGGGUAAGGUUGACGGGAAUAAGUUGGCAUCCCAUUUACUACGGUUUGGAAUUGAUAGAAGUUAUACAUGUUGGACAAUGCAUGGUGAGAAAAGUAACGGGAAUGCUGAGUCGAGUUGUAAUAGGAAGUAUGCUUCAAACGACGAUUGCACAGACACAUACGAGUGCGAUCGAGUCGAAGAGAUUGCAGAAGCGCUUGAAGAAGAUCUUGCGGAUUGUCCCAAAAUGUUUGAGAGGUUGGUAAGCGAUGCAGAGAAACCGUUGUAUGAUGGUUGUUCAAAAUUCACAAUAUUGUCUGCGGUGUUAAAGUUGUACAACUUAAAGGCGGACAAUGGAUGGUCGGAUAAAAGUUUCACAGAGUUAUUAGCCCUUAUGAAAGAUAUGCUACCAAAGGAUAAUGUUCUUCCCAAUCGAACGUAUGAAGCCAAAAAGAUGUUGUCCUCUAUUGGCAUGAGCUAUGAUAAGAUACAUGCAUGUCCAAACGAUUGCGUUUUGUUUCGAAACGAGUAUGCAGCGUUGAAUGAGUGUCCUAAAUGUGGUGCCCCUCGAUAUAAGAAAAAGUUGUCUCCUGCUAAAGUCUUAUGGUAUUUUCCUAUAAUUCCGAGAUUUAGACGCAUGUAUCAUAGUGAGACCGAUUCAAGACACUUGACUUGGCAUGCAGAUGAAAGAAUUAUUGAUGGAAAGUUGCGACAUCCGGCAGACUCACCACAAUGGAUGAAAGUUGAAACUGAUUAUCCUGAAUUUGGAAAAGAAGUAAGAAACCUUCGGUUGUCAUUGUCUACUGAUGGAAUGAACCCGCAUGGUAUUCAAAGUAUCUCGCAUAGCACAUGGCCUGUGAUUCUUAUGAUUUAUAACCUACCUCCGUGGCUAUGCAUGAAGCGUAAGUACAUGAUGUUAUCUAUGCUAAUUUCUGGGCCUAAACAACCAGGGAAUGACAUAGACGUAUACUUGGCACCGUUAAUCGAAGAUUUAAAGUUUUUGUGGGAGAACGGUGUGGAGGUUUACGAUGGGUAUAGGAAGGAAAGUUUCAACUUGAGGGCGAUGUUGUUUGGAACAAUUAAUGAUUUUCCAGCAUACGGAAAUCUAUCCGGGUACAGCAAUAAAGGUCAAAAGGCGUGUCCUGUUUGUGAAGAUGAAACCGAUACGACACGAUUGGAGCUUUGUCAGAAGAAUGUCUUUCUCGGCCAUCGUAGAUUCUUAAAUUCUAAUCAUCACUACCGUGGGUGGAGAAAAGCAUUCAAUGGAAAGGCCGAACAUCGUACAGCCCCGCCUUUUUUGUCAGGUGAUCAAAUUUUUGAAAAGGUGAAAGAUGUGAGCACUCAGUUUGGCAAGCCUUUUGCACAUUCACUUGUCAAGGGUGGGUGGAAGAAGAAGUCAAUUUUUUUUGAACUUCCAUAUUGGAAGUCGUUGUACGUAAGACAUUUCCUGGAUGUUAUGCAUAUUGAAAAAAAUGUAUUUGACAGCGUCAUAGGUACGUUACUCAAAUACAAGGAAAGUCUAAGGAUGGCCUCAACAUAAGGAAGGACAUGGUAAACAUGGGAAUGAGAACUGAAUUGGGACCCGUGACGAAAGGAAAACGAACAUAUCUGCCACCUGCUGUUUACACUCUAUCUAGAAAGGAGAAGAAAACAUUGUGUAAGUUCCUCAGUGAAGUUAAAGUUCCAGAAGGCUACUCUUCAGAUAUUAGAAGACUUGUGUCCAUGAAAGACCUCAAGUUAAAGAGUUUGAAGACGCAUGAUUGCCAUGUUAUAAUGGAACACUUUUUACCAAUAGGUAUACGUUCUAUUCUGCCAGAAAAAGUAAGAAGCGCAAUAACUAAGCUGUGUUUCUUCUUCAGGUCAAUUUGCAGUAAGGUGGUCGAUCCCGCGAUCUUACCAACAUUGCAAAAAGAGAUAGUUGUUACUUUAUGUGAUCUUGAAAUGUAUUUUCCUCCCUCGUUUUUUGACAUAAUGGUUCAUCUAGUCGUUCAUCUUGUGAAAGAGACACAAUUGUGCGGACCAGCUUAUAUGAGAUGGAUGUACCCUGCUGAACGUUAUAUGAAAAUAUUAAAAGGGUACGUGAAAAACAGAAGUCGACCGGAGGGUUGUAUUGUCGAACGAUACGUUGUUGAAGAAGCGGUUGAGUUUUGUACUGAAUAUCUGUCAAAUGUUCAAUCAAUUGGACUCCCCAAAUCUCAUAUUGUCGAAAAAAAAGAAGGAAAAAGGCUAAUUGGAAAUAAAGUUGUGACAGUAUCAAUGGUCGAACGGGAUCAAGCGCACUUGUAUGUUCUGCACAAUGAGAUUGAGGUUGAGCCGUAUAUUGAAAUGCACAAGGUUGUUCUCCGAGAUUUAAAUCCAAAUAGAAAUGAGAACUGGAUAGUACGAGAGCACAAUCGAAGUUUCAUACCGUGGUUUAGGGAUCAUAUUUAUUCAAAGUAUCGUUCAGAUCCUGCUUCAGUAACAAAAAGGUUGAGAUGUUUAGCCUAUGGUCCAAGUGUAAUUGUGCUUUCUUAUAGCGCAUACGCAAUUAAUGGAUACACAUUUUAUACCAAAGAACAGGAUGAUAAAAGUACUAUGCAAAAUAGUGGUGUUACCUUGGUAGCUGAAGCAAUGCACAUAUCAAGUGCGAAUGACUUAAAUCCGAAAUUUGCAAAUUUGUCAUAUUUUGGGGUUAUCGAGCGCAUUUUGGUGUUUGAUUACGCGAAGUUUCAGAUUCCUGUAUUUGGUUGCAAGUGGGUUGAAAAUAAUAGUGGCAUACGAAUGGAUAAGUCAGGAUUUUUGCAAGUGGAUCUCAAUAGGGUAGGGUACAAAGAUGAGCCUUUCAUUCUAGCCUCUCAAGCUAAACAAGUGUUCUAUGUCAAUGAUCCGACAAGUACGAAAUGGUCUAUAGUGCUUUUAUCUAACAAAAUAGUUGAUGAAAACAUUGAAGAUCAAGGUGAUAUUGGUGUUGGCAUUGAAUCUUGUACAAGAAACGAUCAAAAUGAGAAUGAAUCGUGUACUAGAAAUGAUCAUAAUGAGGGUAUUUGGAUCAAUCCAACCGUCCGCGUUGUUAAGAGACGCGUAGAACACAAUCCUACCAAGAAAAGAAAGAGACGUCAGUGAUAAAGGUUCAAUGGCUCCGGAUAGAGAUGCUCCACCUGAAAACUCACAAGAAAACUCACAAGAAAGAGAUGCUCAAGAAAGAGAUGCCACGGAUACAAAUGCUCCACCUGAUACUGAAGCAAAAGAAGUUGCACGAGGCAUCACCAUUAUGAAGGGAAUCAUUCGACAUAGAGACCAAGGAUUAGUAUACCAUUUGGAUUGGAAUUCUGAUAAACAAGCAAUUGGUCCUAAUUCUGCAAAGUUGACAAGCUAUAUUGGUACACUUGUUCGUAUGCAUAUUCCGGUCUCCAUAGCUAAAUGGAAUCUGAAAAGCGAAGAGUUGGAUGCGAAAAAAAAAGCGAUUUGGGUCGAGCUUCAGAGGACUUUUGAGAUACCAGAUGAUCGUAGACGCUACAUACUUAGUUUGGCCGGCAAAAGAUAUAGAGGGUGGAAAGCUUUUUUGACAAACACCUAUCUUAAGGAUAAAGAUGGAAACUUUCUUGAAGAGGCACCAGGACGGCCAAAAAAGUAUGAGAUCUUCAUUGAUGAAAAAGAUUGGGCUGAGUUUGUAAAGCAAAGAGAUGAAGAUUUUCGGAAAAGGAGUGCCACGAAUAGUGCGAGAGCAUCCAAACCCGCGUAUCCAUAUAAAAAAGGGCGUUUGGGAUAUGCACGCUUAGAGGAUAAAAUUUUAGAGGAGACUAAAAGUGAGGAAACUUCACUUCCUGUACAUGUGUUGUGGAAGGAAGCUCGUGUGGGCAAGAAUCAAGCUGUCGAUCCCGAUGUUCAGAGAGUUUAUACUGAAUGUGAGACCUUGUCGCAAUCGGUAUCCACCGGUGAAGGGAGCGUACUUAGUAGAGCACUAGAUGCUCCUGAGUAUCCCGGUCGGGUGAGGGGUAAGGGUCAUGGUGUGACUCCAACCUCUUUUUACAAGAGUCCUAGGAGAAGAUCAAAUCUUACCAAUGAAGAAGUGUUGCAAAAGUUGCAGGAAUUGCAAGCACAAGUCUCUGAAUUGCAAAGAGAUAAAGAUAUGUAUAUGAGAGAAAAGUGCAACACUUCAUCGGUGAAAGAAACUAGUGAUAAGGCUAGUAUCAACUGUCAAAGGAAAUUUCCCGAGGGCAUUUCAUCUUGCCAACUAUACUUAUCGUCACCGAAUUAUCGACUAGUUGGCAAGGGAAAAGUGCACAACACUUUGGGAGAUUUACUUCACCAUAGACCGCUCCCGGAUGGACACCUGAAAGUAUCGGUGGAUGUUGUAUUAGAUCAUGAUGCGAUGCUACCGGUACCUGACAUGGUCUCAGAGACGACAUUGCUGCGAGAUGCAAUAGGAUCAUUUGUUGCAUGGCCCUCGGAGCUCAUUACCAUUAGUGAUGAGACUGCUCCUAUAAAACCCGCAAUUAAGGGUAAAGGGAUUUUACAGGAGGAGGAGUCUGUUGCAUCACUAAAAGAGGCAUCCGCUCGGGAGUCACAACAAGUGACGCAGCAAGUUCGUAGCGUACCACCCACUGGUCCUCCGAAGAUAGCGGCAAAAUGGGCGGUGCUUUUGUGGCUCGGUACCGGACGACGCUCGCAACAAUGGUUGAUAUGUCCGAUUUGAAGGAUGGUGCUUUACAUGAAAUCAAUAUGGAUGAAAGUGUCUUCGGUAUUGAAUUCAAGUCACAUAUUGCAAUUGAUGACUUGGAAGAGAUUUUUACGCAUGAACAACUAGGCGUCGGUAAUAUGCACUCAUA